UCUAAUAGCUUCCGCUUCCUAGAGAGAGAGCGAGAUGGAAGAAACACGGGAGGCUGCUUUAGCUUGUUUUGAUAAUUUGUCAGAGGAGCAAAAGGAUAAAGCAUGGGAAGAUUUUGAAGCAAUGGAUUUAGAUGGUGAUGGGACAAUAACCCUCAUCGAAUACCAGCAGUUUUAUCAUGGCAGCUCUUACAUGAUCCCCUUCCAGGAGCUCGACACUAACAGAGAUGGCGAGUUGAAUUUUCAGGAAUUUAAAACUCUUUUCUAUUUGUCGCUCAAUUCCAGGGGCACAACACCAUUAAUACCAACACAAGAUCAGCCAAACUCUUCUCAGUCCAAUACCUCAGAGGCUAAAUUGGCCUUCACCUACCUCAAAGACAGGCGAUUCGCCCUACUAACAUGUCUUGUGCUGGGAUUGGGUGUCUGCUAUCAAGUUAGCCGAUCUAGUGAGGUUGUAAUGAAAGCAAUAGAGGAUUUCAAUAGCUGUUGGGCCUUUGCAAGUGCUGUAGCUUCGGUAGCUAGUGGUCUCUUCGGUUAUGUGAUCAAUAUAUUAUGAUUCAUCCUUUAAACUUUUAUGCUCGGUUUUGCCGUGUGUUUCAAUUGUUAUAAUUUAAUCCGAGAAAUUUCUGUUUCUAACAAAUAAGUACCACAUAUUAAACUUUCGUAGAAUGAAAAGUAUAC